GUAUAUAUUGGCUUAGUAAAUGUCAAUACCUUAUUGAUAUUAUUCCUAGACAUUUAUGAGUCACUUGCACUUGUUUGAUAACUAAGAUAAUGUCCUAGCAUUACAGUUUUAUAAAGGAUUCCGGCAGAAGUUCACUGUUACUGUUGACUAUUGUAUGACUUGAUUUCAUCGAACAAAGUUAGAUCUUGGGUUCAACUAAGCUGAGUGUAUAUAUAUAUACAUACAUACAUAUAUAUAUAAGAGCCUUAGAAUCUUAAGUUCCCUCAUCUAAUUUUCACUAGCCUGUAAAAUGGCUCAGUUCACUCCUUCCAAGUUUCUGCUUACAGUCUUCCUGCUCUUCACAAUUGCCAAAUCAUUACCUACUUCAAAUGGUCGGAAGGCCUACAUCAUCCACAUGGACAAAUCAGCAAAGCCAGCAGCCUUCUCUACCCAUCAUGAAUGGUACCUGUCAACACUAUCAUCCCUGUCAUCAUCAGAUGGCUACUCUCCUGCCCAUCUAUACUCCUACAAGCAUGUGAUGGAUGGUUUCAGUGCUGUGCUGUCCCAAGACCACCUUGACCAACUAGAGAGUUUGCCUAGUCAUGUUGCUACCUUUUCAGAAUCAUUUGGCCACCUCCAUACCACCCGUACUCCAAAAUUUCUAGGACUGAACAGACACACCGGACUAUGGCCUGCAAGCAAGUUUGGUGAUGACAUUAUCAUUGGUGUUCUUGAUACUGGAAUUUGGCCAGAAAGUGAGAGCUUCAACGACAAAAACAUGCCUCCAGUGCCGAACCGCUGGUUGGGCAUAUGUGAAACUGGAACAGAAUUCAACACUUCCCAUUGCAACAAAAAGCUGAUUGGGGCACGCAAGUUUAGUGAAGGGAUGAAGCAUUACAGGCUGAAUAUAUCAAAAACAGACGACUAUGAUUCUCCAAGGGAUUUCAUGGGUCAUGGAACCCACACAUCAUCAACAGCAGCUGGAAGCCGGGUGCAGCAUGCUGAUUAUUUCGGUUAUGCUGAAGGCAGAGCAACCGGAAUUGCACCAUCAGCCAGGAUAGCUAUGUACAAAGUGCUUUUCUACAGCGAGGAUAUUGAUUCCUAUGAUGCUGCAGCAACUGAUGUUCUUGCUGGCAUGGAUCAGGCUAUAGAAGACGGUGUGGAUAUCAUGUCCUUGUCUUUGGGUUUUUUCGAGACGCCAUUUUUUGGGAACCCGAUUGCCAUAGGAGCAUUUGCAGCCUUGAAGAAAGGGAUAUUUGUCGCAUGUUCAGCUGGAAAUGGAGGUCCACAUGGGUACACCAUGCUCAAUGGAGCACCUUGGAUAACAACAGUUGGUGCUGGAACUGUUGACCGUCAGUUUGCAGCCCAUAUUACGCUUGGAGAUGGAAUCAUGACUGUCACUGGACAAACUUUCUAUCCAGAGAAUCUGUUUGUCUCCAGAACCCCUAUAUAUUUUGGAAGUGGGAAUCGUAGCAAGGAACUUUGUGACUGGAAUUCCUUGGACCACAAAGAUGUUGCAGGCAAAUUCAUCUUCUGCGACCAUGAUGAUGGAUCAUCAGUGUUUCGAAAGGAGACCGACAGAUAUGGUCCAGAUAUUGCAGGAGCUAUCGGAGGUAUUUUCAGCGAGGACGAUGGGGAAUUUGAACAUCCUGAUUACUUUUAUCAGCCAGUUGUGUUGGUGAGCACCAAAGAUGGAGACUUGAUCAAGAAAUACAUACUCAAUACAACAAACGCAACGGUUAGUGUUGAGUUUGGGAAAACCAUAUUAGGCACUAAACCAGCUCCAAAAGUGGCUUACUUUUCCUCACGAGGACCUGAUCUGAGAUCCCCAUGGAUUCUCAAACCUGAUAUUUUAGCUCCUGGGUAUCAUAUUUUAGCUGCAUGGGUUCCUAACAGAGCCUUCGCACCGAUCCGUGAUGAUGAUUACCUGCUGACUGAAUAUGCUAUUAUCUCUGGCACAUCAAUGUCAUGCCCCCAUGCUGCUGGUGUAGCUGCAUUGCUCAGAGCCAUCCACCGCGACUGGAGCCCAGCUGCUAUUCGGUCAGCAAUGAUGACUACAGCAUAUACUAAGGACAAUGCAGAUGGUGUAAUCAUUGACAUGACCACUGGAGUUGCUGGUACGCCUCUUGAUUUUGGAGCUGGGCACUUGGAUCCUAACAAAGCCAUGGAUCCUGGACUAGUGUAUGAUAUUGAGGUGGCGGAUUACAUUAACUACUUAUGUGCAUUGAACUACACCCGCCAGCAGAUCCAAACCAUUAUAGGAACGUCCAAUUAUACUUGCAAAUAUGCUAGUUUUGAUCUUAAUUAUCCUUCCUUCAUGGUCAUCUUGAACAAGACUAAUACAAUCACCUCCACUUUCAAGAGGGUGUUGAUGAAUGUGGCAGAUACUGCCUCUGUUUAUAGCGCAGUGGUGGAAACUCCUCCAGGCAUGAAAGCUGUUGUACAACCAACAACAGUUGUCUUUACAGGAAAAUAUAGCAAAGCAGAGUUCAACCUGACAGUGGAGAUCAAUUUGGAAGCUGAUAAUGUGACACCAGAGAGUGACUAUUUUGGGAACUACGGAUUUCUGUGGUGGUAUGAGGUCAAUGGUACUCAUGUGGUAAGAAGUCCCAUUGUCUCUGCAAUUGCUGCCGGUAAAGGACCCUGAAACUUGAGUCAUCUGCUUGAUGACUCUAGUGAUGACUCAAGUUGAGUUGCCCUUGUUGCUUUAACCCAGAUUACCAUUAAAAAAUACAAAAUAAAAUGGAAUAAAGGCAUAUCAGGCUGAAGGAUUGGUGCUAAAAAUUAGAACUGUUUUUUGAUAGUGAUGAAAUCAGUAUUCUUAACUACAAUGCCGGUUCCCUUCAAAUAAUUUCAUGCAUACUGUUGUUUUUGAGGGUUGAAUAUCACAGCUACCAUCGGCACCCAUGAACUCAA